AAAAUCUUUUCCAUUAUCUUUUCAUAGCCAUCAUUUCAAAAUGAACGUGACCAACAGCCCCAUCCCCUCCCGACAUUUCCCCAAAGAUGCAUCCCCAUCUCUCUCAGAGUUCAAAUCCCUCUGCUCGAGAAAUACUCAAAGCAAACAAUACCCCCUAGCGUCCUCCAUCCAAUCAAACAUCCCAAUCUACACUCUUCCCCCUUUCUCCUCCCUCACCCCCUCCCAAAUCUCCGCCCUCCAAGACGAAUGGCACCACAUCCUCCUCUCCGGCCCCGGCGUCUUCGUCACCAAAGCCACCCUCCCUAGACCCCUCAUAACCCAAACUAAUACCAUCUAUACCUCCAUUAUCGACGCCGAGCGCGCCACCGCAAAAGGCGACCAUUUCUCCUCCGCCGGCAACAAUAGCCGCAUCUGGAACUCCUUCAGCAAACACGCCCUCGCCGACCCAGCCAGCUUCGUCGCCUACUACUCCUCCCCUUGGCUCUCCGCUAUCAGCGCCGCUUGGCUAGGUCCCGCCUACCGCAUCACCGCCCAAGUCAACCUCGUGUGUCCCGGCGGCGCGGCGCAGGUCGGCCACUGCGACUACCAUCUCGGCUUCCAAACCGCGGAGGCUACUGCCGCGUACCCAAAGGUUACGCAGAUCGCGACGCAGCUGCUGACGCUGCAGGGCGCGGUCGCGCACUCGGAUAUGCCGCUUGCGAGCGGGCCGACGCGGUUCUUGCGGUUUAGCCAGGCGUUUGAGGCUGGGUAUGUGGUGUACCGGAUGCCUGAGUUCCAAGAGUUCUUUCAGCAGAACUUCGUUAGUGUGCCAUUAGAAAUGGGUGAUGGGGUGUGGUUCAACCCGGCGCUGUUCCAUGCGGCGGGGGAGAACACGACGAGUGAUGUGGAGCGCUGCGCGAAUCUGCUGCAGGUGAGUAGUGCGUUUGGGCGGACGAUGGAGAGUGUGGAUGCGGUGCCGUUGGUGGAGAAAUGCUGGGGGAAGUUGGUAGAGAUGUUUAAGGGGAGGGAUGGAGUGCAAAGGCAGAAGCCUUGGUGAGAGCGCUGGGGGACGGAUAUCCGUUUCCGACGAAUUUGGAUCGGAGACCACCGCAGCCGGGGGGUAUGGCGCCAGAGAGUGAGCAGGAUGUAUUGAGGAGGGGCCUGAGGGAUGGAUUAGAUGUGAAGAGUGUUUUGAGGGAGUUAGAGACGAUGAGGGAGGAACCGAAAGCGUGAGAGGUUGAUGUAAAGCCAGAUAUUGAACGUCUACAAACGUUGUGUGCGACUAAAGGAGUAUCAAUAUGACACAGG